CCCUUUGGCAGCGUAAAUGCUCCUUUGGGCCGGUAUUAUGAGACCAGAACACCGGGCACGGUGUGGCGGGGGUGGUAGUGGAGGGGUUAGGGAGUGGAGAUGAGUAGGGCUUUAUCUCUGGAGCAUCUGGGAAGGCUUUGUGGAGGCAAGUCUCAUCCUGACUGUGCCUCAUUCCCAGCCCUGCGUUUCCCGGCCUUUGCUCUGGGGACUCCCUCCCUGCCCCUUUUAGAAUUCGUAUCCUCUUCUGGACUUGCCUGGAACACCACCAUUCUGAUUUCCAAUAACAACACCUGGUGUGAUCUCUUGGCUGGAGUAAGGGGAAGAAUCAUGGAUAAAGGCAAUUCAGGAACUUAAGGAAAAGGAGAUCCUGAAGAAAGACUCAGUCAGACUAUGAAACCAGGACUAAGAAUAAAGAAUUGUUUCCAAAACAGGAAAUUUCUGAUGAGAUGGGGUUCUACUGCUCAAUAUUAGAAAGAUCUACAAGGAAUACUUCCCAAAGACCAAAAUUUGCGAAGCCAGGGAACAUGAAGGCAUAUCAAAGGAAAACUAUUGGUCUUCUGCAGGGAAGAGAAUGGGAAAAUUAUUUUAUUAGAAGAGAGUUUUCAGAUCAGUGACAAUGAUCCACCAUAUACCCUACACAAGGGUGACCAGUCAGGAACAUAAUGAAUUUGUGAGAAGCCUUGGUAUGGACUCAGACCCUGUUGGAUAUCUCAGAGUUUCUUCAGGAGUGACAUUGCAGGACUAUGAUAAAAUAAAUCAGAUAUUCAAACCAAAUUCAGACCCAGUUAAGUACCAGAAAGACCUUAUGGUAGAGAACUCUUGUAAAUCUGGUGGAUAUCAGAAAACAUUCAGGCAAAGCUCCACUCUCAGUGAACUACAGGGAAUUCAUACUGUAGAGGAAACCUGUCAGAAGUCUACAACCACUGAUCAUCAGAGAAUUCAUUCUACAGAGAAACCCUAUGAAUGCUGUGAAUGUGGUAAACACUAUGCCAGAAAGUCUUUGCUUAAUAGACAUAAACAAAUUCAUACUGGAGAAAACCUUUAUGAAUGUACUGAAUGUGGGAAAACCUUCAGUCAAAGCUACAACCUCAUUAGACAUCAGAGAAUUCAUACAGGAGAAAAACCUUAUGAGUGUAAUGAAUGUGAGAAAGCCUUCAGUGAGAGUUCAAGGCUCAUUAAACACCAGAGAAUUCACACAGGAGAAAAACCUUAUGAAUGUAAAGAAUGUGGGAAAACCUUCAAUGAUCCCUCAAACUUUAUUCAACACCAGAGAGUUCAUACUGGAGAGAAACCCUAUGCAUGUAAUGCAUGUGGGAAAGCUUUUAGUGAUGCCUCAAAUCUUAUUCAACAUCAAAAAAUUCACACUGGAGAGAAACCCUAUGAGUGUAAUGAAUGUGAGAAAGCCUUCAGUGAGAGUUCAAGGCUCAUUAAACACCAGAGAAUUCACACAGGAGAAAAACCCUAUAAAUGUAAUGAAUGUGGGAAAACGUUCAAUGAUCCAUCAAACUUUAUUCAGCAUCAGAGAGUUCAUACUGGAGAGAAACCCUAUGCAUGUAAUACGUGUGGAAAAACCUUUAGUGAUGCCUCAAAUCUUAUUCAACAUCAAAAAAUUCACACUGGAGAGAAACCCUAUGAAUGUGGUGAAUGUGGAAAAGCUUUCAUUCUGAAUUCAUCCCUCAUCAGACACCAGAGAGUUCACACUGGAGAAAAACCAUAUAGAUGUAAUGAAUGUGGGAAAGCUUUCAGUCAGGGUUCAAGCCUUAAUAAACAUCAGAGAAUACAUACAGGUGAAAGACCCUACAAAUGUAAUGAAUGUGGGAAAACUUUCAUCCAGAGUUCAGGCCUCAUUCGCCACCAGAGAAGUCACACAGGAGAAAAACCAUAUGAGUGUAAUGAAUGUGGGAAAUCCUUCAGCCAGAAUUCAGUCCUCAUUCGACAUCAGCGAAUUCAUGCGUCAAAAAACAAAGAGUCCGCAAAAUGGAAUGGUUUACCAUGGGAGGCAAAGUACAGGGGGGAAUAGGUGGCUUUGGAGUUUGUUCCCACUAUGAUUUCAUACUGGAGGAAAUACAUGUGAAUGCAGAGGAUAUAGGGACAUCAUCAUUUGCAGGAAACAUGGGAAUACCUUCUUUUGUACAGAAGUUAAGAAAGCCUUCUUCAUUUAUGGAGUUCCUACACCAGGAAACUCACUGAGACUCUGAAGUUGUUUCUGGAAAGCCAUUCAGUAAAUGUAAUCUCUUAUUCAACAUCUUAAAAUUAACACUUGAGUCACUAUGUAAAUGAAGUAUGCUCAAGUCUUUAUAAUAUAAAGUACUUUAUCCAGCUUUAUUAGGCAUCAAGUAGUUAUUCUGGAAAGACAACCUAUGAUAAAUCUUCCAAGUAGUGAAUUUUAUUUAGCAAUUUAACUUAGUGGCUGUUUUUUGCCUCCUAGAAUAUUGCAUAUAUUGCCUGCCAGUAGGUGGAAGUAUGGUACCCUUCACAUGAACUAUAGAACAAAUGUCUUGACUUUCAAAGUGUGGCUCUAUUCCAACUCCCGCAGAUAUCAUACAUUUUCAUUCUAGUAUGCAUUUUAAAAAUUAUUCAAGUUAUGAAGCCUUAACCAGACAAUAUACUUUGAUAUUUUAGAGUAAACAUUUUAAGCUCCAAACCCUAAGGUGUAAUUGAAUAUAUUUCUUCAUUCUAUCUCUGUUGUAAUUUUUAGACUUCUUCCCCCUUUUUUUUUUAAUCUCUAUAUGCAUAAAAAAUAUUUUACUCAUUUCAUUCUCAUGAUGUCUAGAGGCAGCUAGGUAUAUUACAUUUAAAUACUGGAUCUGGAGUCAAGAAGACCUGAGUUCAAAUCCAGCUUCAGGCAUUUUCUAACUGGGAGAUCCUAGGCAAUUAACUUCUGUCUCAAUGACAGCCUGUCUGUAAAAUGAAAAUAAUAAUUAUACCUACCUCCCAGAAUUGUUGUGAAGAUGUAAUAUUUGUAAAGUGCUUUGUAAACAUUGAAGUGCUAUAGAAAUACUAGCUAUUAUUAUUGGUGAAUUGGUAUGGAUCUGGAAGAAAAUCUUUAAUAACAUCAAUUAACAAGCAUUUAUUAAGCACUUACUAUGUGCCAGAUACUCUAAAGAGGCACAGAAGGCAUAAAGAAACAGUCUGUCCCUGUAAAGGAACUGUCUAUUGGGAAGUGCAUAAAUAAGUAUAACAAAAUACAAGGGGAUUUGAGGAAGGUCCAUGGAGUUUUGGAGGGGGGUGGGUAUUAGGAGAGAUUUAUGUAGAGCUGACUCUUGAAGGAAACAAGUGAUUUCUAAGAGGAAGAAGUAAGGAGGGAGUAAAUUCCAGACAUAAGGUCAGCCCAGUAUGACAGCAUUGAGAUGGGAGAUACGGCAUCAUGUAUAAGGAACAGCAAAGCCAAUUUGGCUGGACCAUAGUAUGCAAGAAAGGAAGUGAAGCAUAAUAGGUCUAGAAAGGUAUAUUGGAGUUGGGCUAUGAAAAGCUUUAGGUGACAAUUUUGGAGCCAUUGGAGUGUACUAAUGGAGAAGGGGAGUGAAAAGGCUUAGAUUGAUACUUUAGGGAAAUCACUUUGCAGCUGUGUAGAGAAUGAAUUAGAGAAGGGACUUGAUACAGAAAGACCAAUUAGACGAUUUUUGCAGUGGUUCAAGUAAAUGGUGAUGAAGGCCUAAAGAAGGGGUGAGUAGAAAUAAGGGAUUAAUAUGAGCUCUUUUGAAGGUAGAAUUGAAAAAAAGAAAUAGCAACUAAAGGGAUGGAGGAUGCCCCAGGAUCUGGUUCUUGUCCUGCUGUGUUCAGUCAAUCAAGAAACAUUUAACAAGUGCUAUAUGCCGGGUUCAGUGCUGAGAAUAAACAAAAAAGAACAUACUCCAUCUUAAAGGAGGGAACAACAUGUUUAUAGAAAAUUAAAACAUGCCAAAUAGUUUAAAAUAAUUUUGAGGGGAGGGUAUAAUCAACUGAAGAAGAUCAGAACAGGGUUUCUGUAGUCUGUUGGUUGCUGGAAUUGAAGGAAUUCUGUGGCAUGAAGGGGAAGAAAAACUAUUUCAUGUUUAAUUUUUGUUCCAAAGCCCAUUAUUAUGGGCUUGUCCUUAUUGGUGGAGGUGAAGGCCCUGCUCUAUAUGAGAGAUAAUAAGAGUUGGUGUGAGGUAAGAGAACCUAUCUUUCUCAGUUCCCUUUGGGAGCCUGUCCCCUUCAGAUCCCUCCAGGCUUCAAGUCUUUGGGACUCCAAGUGUCAAGUCACUUUAGGUGCUUCUGCUCUUCAGUUUCAGAAUGGAAGAUGGCAGAGACCAUUUCAGGUUGCUAAAGGAAAAGACUCUGGAAGAGCAUAAGAGAAGCUGGCAACCUUCAUCCUAUCUCUAUUCACAGCUGCUACACUAGAGACUUUGGGGAGUUUUCACCUUAAGGGAAGUCUAGGACACUCUUGGUUCAGCUGAGUGAUCUUACUCUUAAGUGAGAGAGCCCCUUUACUUUUAAAUAUUGUCUGGUAUGUAUUCUCCUAUGCAUACUUUUCCUGAUUUCUUUUUUGUUUUAAUUUUUUUUUUUUUUUACAAUUAGGAUAAAUUAGGGUUUUUUUUUUUUGGCUAUUCACUAUGGAUGUUAAUUGUAAAGCUUGUAUUUAGCACGAAAGUGAUCAGACUUUAGAUAUAGAGCUUAGUGUUUUCCUUUCCCUCCAAAAUGACAAAACAAUCCGAUUUCAAACCUGAUCCCCUAGAUAAACAGCAGACAGAUGAACUUUUGCCCUGCUAUCCCUUCUGUCUUUGUGGAGAGCCGAGUGGCCUCAUACCCAAACUUGCUGCUUCUCCUGGCAGAGAAUGAAAAUCUCCCAUGGAAAAGAGUUGGGGGAAAAGAGGCUAGAGAUGUCUGUUUUGCCUCCCAUUGGAUUUCUGCUGAUUCCUAAUCUUGAAUUUCUGACUGCCUACCAGAUAUCUUGAACUAGAUGUUUUAUAGAAAUUUUAAACUCAAUAUAUCCCAAACUGAACUGAUUAUUCCUUCCCUCUUCCCAAUCCUCAUUAUUGUUGAAAGUAUUAACAUUCUCCCAGUCAUCCAAGCUUGUAACUUGUCAUUUUCAAAUCCUUACUUUUUUUUCAUCAUUUCCAUUCCAUAUCAGAUCUGUUGCCAAUGCCUAUUGAUUUUAUUUUCCCAACAUCUUUUGCAUAUGCUCCCUUCUCUGAUCUUGCCACUAUCCCGGUGUGACUCAUUUCCUUAUUCCUGGACUGUUGUAAUAGCUUUCUGGUUGGUCUUUUCCCAACUCUAGUCCAACCUUCACUCAGGUGUCCCAUUUGUUUUCCACUCAUGUUAUCCCACUAUUCAAAAAUAGCCAAAGGUUUCCCCACCUUCAGGAUCAAAUAUAAAAUCCUCUGCUAUUCAGAGCCUUUUAAAAUCUUUUCUUUCCACUUCCCUUUCCAAUUUAAUUAUGCUUUACACUACAUCUCUCUCUCUCUCUCUCCUGCCCUACCCCCAGUGUAUUCUUUGAUCCAAUAAAACUGAUCUUGCUGGUCCUUGAAAAAGGAUACUUUAUUGACUUUUUAUUGUCUGCCCUCUGUAUGUGGAAUACUCUUCAUCCUGGCUUCUUUGGCUUCCUUUACCCUCAGCUAAAAUUUUCCCUUCAGGAAGCCUUUAUCAGUUCCUCUUAAUUCUAGUGUCUUUUGAUUAUUUCCUGUUUAUCCUGUAGAUAGCUUUUUUGUACAUAGUUGUCAACGUGUUUUCCCUAUUUACGAACUCCUCAAGGGCAGGAACAGUCUUUUCCUUUAUAUCUCUGGUGUUUAGCACAAACAUCUAACACAUAGUAGAGGUUGCCUGACACAUUUCCCUGUGAGACAUGUGCUAUGAUUAUUCCCAUUUUUAGAGAUGAGGAAAUCAAGGAUCAGAGGUCACAUACCUGGUAAGGAUAUGAGGAUUUAAUUAGAGUUUUUCCUGACUUCAGAUCUAUCCUAUCCACUUUAUUGGGUUCCCUAUAAGAUGGAGAGUGGGGAAAAGAAUACUUCAUAUCAACAUUAUUGCAAUUUUUUCCCAUUGCCCAGGGAAAAGUUUAGUUCACCCCCAAUCUUCCCAAAGAUGGAUGCCCAGAUCUUUUAUCGAGAUCUACAAAAGAAUUUCUGACUGAGUAAUGAUUGCCAUGACCUCUCAUUCUUAUGUGAACCAUUUACAGGAUUCUUUGUGGACCUAGCUAGGACUAUCAGCUGUCUAGCUUCUAACUUCUCCUUGGUAGUUAUAAUUAUUGAUACAGCAGUAGUUAAUAACAUGACAAGUGGGGGUGAAAAUCUUACUUAACAUGGAAUUAUGUGUUGCAGAGAGACAAGUUGAAUGGGUAAUUGUGUGUAAUUUUGUUGUGGAUUAUCUAAUCCACAUUAAGUUUUCAUAAUGCUGAUGAAAUAUUUGGAUUGCUUUUUUGAAAAAGGAGUUUAUGCAUUCUGCUUUUGAUUGACAAAGGAAUAAUAUGUCACAGAGAAGUAUAUCUUCUGGAAGAGAGCAAAUGUCAUGGAAAAAAACAUGCAAAAGAUUUGCAAACAGUAACCAGAAGUUGAAUGAGAAAGUUAGUGUAACAUUAGAUAUCUCCCUAAAGAACAGGAAAGUGAAUUCAGCAGAAGUAUUGAGCCAUAGCUGCCAUGAAGUAGAUUAUUUUCAACUGUAUUGAUGGCUACUGAUAUAAGGGAAAGUAAGUUAGUGACAGAAUCCAAGGUUCAAGGUUUUUAAUGAUAUAAAGACUACUAAGAAUGGUUGUAGUAACCCUGCUGGCUUUCUGAGGGAGUAUUUGGCACUACAUUUAACCACGUGAUCUUAGUAGUUAACAUUUUCCGACUUGUGACUACCAGAAAUCUCAGAUGAUCCCUAUGUAAUGUCCGGAUAAGCUAUGACAUGGAGCAAUUCCCAACAAGUCUCUCCAGGAAAGUCAGUUAUUCAGAUGUAGGACCACACUGGAAACUUGCUCUGGUUGUGUGGAUCAUAGCAAUUCACAUGGUAGUCAUCUAAGUCUAUAUGUAUGUAGAUUGUAGAAAGAAUCAAUUCUAGGACAUCUAGAUAGGGCUGUACCACUGUUUAGUAGUAGGAAUGAUUAGGAGAACUGUCUUACGCGACAACUUACUGACUCAUUGAUUUUCCCAAGUAUUGUAGAUAUUGGUGAAAGUAAAAUAAAAAUUGUGUUUGCUGGAUCUACUGGUUGAGUGUAUAGGUAGUUUGUGAUGCAUCCAAUUUUUGUGAUUGGAUGCUAAUGGAGUGCAAAGUACCUUUUGAAUCUUCUAAAAUGUUAAGUGCAGAAUUGGCUGCAAAGAGUUUCUUUCCCCUGUGAUGGAACCAAUAUCUAUCCACUAGAGUUCUUUUCUACCCUCUCUCUGCUCCUGUUCCCCAAUUAAGUUAAUUUUCCCUAACAGACAACAAUAUGGACUUGAUUGACCCAGGGUGAAAUAAGUUAUACUGUGCUUCCCUUGACAACUUCUGAUUGUAUUGAUACAACUUCCUGGUUACCUAAGGGGAUAAAAAUUUCCAUUAUCAUAGGGCCAACACCUCUCAGGCCUACUAGAUGCUGAACCUGCUAACCAUAUGUCCAUAUAGAGACAGCAGGGGCCUUGUCUACUGAAUUCAGCUAAGUGCUUUUGUAGCUUUGUACAAUAUCUUUGCUAUGUUAGGGCUAAGGAUACAUUUUGUCAACUAUUCAAUGAUUUAAGAAUGCUGCUUUUUGUUCCAACAUAAAAUCUGAAACUAAUAGGAUGACAGUCAUGCUGCUCCUCCUAAAAUCCUCAUUGUAUAAAUAAGUCCAGACCACUAGGGUUAAUUUUUGAGAUGAGUAUGUAGAGAGCUUUGUAUCGGAAGAGAUUUUCCCGGGAAAGGAAUAUCAUGACACCACAGGCAUAAGUCUUCCUUACAAAAGGCUAGUAAGAAUGUAGGUGCAGACCUAGGCAAGUAUAAAAUGAAAUAGUUGUUGAAAGUGGCUGCCUCAUUUAUGCAGUGAAAUACUUUUGUAUGUUUAAAUGGCUUCAUUAGGGCCAUAGAGUAAAGAGAGUACUAAUGAUUUUAUCUGGGAAUGCUUAAAAUAUUCUAAUUCCUUGACAGUAGCAGGAAUUGGCUGCAGGACAGUCUCCUCCUCUGUCACCAUGUAUUUUUGUCUCUUUGUAACUUGUAUUAAUUGGUCACAGUUUAAAUUUGUCAAAUCCUAACCAUAUCUAUCUUAUUCUUUCCCUCCCAUGCUGACCCUAGUGUUCCUCCUAUCUCCCACCCUUUUUUUUCUUUUCUAAGCAACCCCCUCAGCUCCUUUAGCCAAUCCUCAUAAUAGCAAUUUCAAGUCCUUCCCCCCCCCUCCCCCCCGCCUUUUUUUAUAACACUUCAUAGGAAAAAUUGAGGAGCUUAAUAAGAGAAUCCUGCAUGCAAGUUGGUUUUUGUAAAAAACUGAAGCUCUGAUCCAUUGGAGAAUAUACAUACUCAGCUUGCUGAGGACAAAGAAGCUGGGACCUAGGACAUGGUGGUGUAGCCAAAUCAUUGGGGAGACAGCAACAUUUCCACUUCUAUGCUUGAGAAUCUCAAUAUUGAAUUGGGAGUUUUGUAUUUACAAUCAGGUGUGGGUGGGAGAGGAAAAUGUUGACUACAGUAAGUAAAGUAUAAUCUGGAUAACCUGGAACUCCAAUUAGGUAUUGAAUUGUUUUAAAACAGUCUACCUUGUCGUUAUCAUGAAUAUUUAAUAAGAAACUCCAGUUUCCGAGAUUAAGUUCGAGUUUGUUUAAACUCUGAGCUCAUAGGGCUUGGUUUCAUUCCAUAUUUGUGUUCCUGUUGCUUUUGUAAUUUGUCUUUGCAAGAAAACAAAAUUGUGGAACCUGCUGGGCAUUUGUACAAUGUAAGCAGACUACUGGCCAAAAAAACACAAAACCAAACUAAAACUGAAAGAAUGACUAAUAUUAUCCAAAGCUGACUGUUGUUAUGGAAACACUUUUGACCCAAAAGAAUCACGCCUAAUCACUGUGGUGCUAGCUUAGGUGCUAGCUAGUAAAAUCAGUAUAAUGUUGCAGGUGGAAUUGAGAAGUUUAUCCCUGGAGGAGGACGGGCUGGAAAACGAGCUGCCUAUGCAGGAGUUAGAAACCAACUCUGUUUAUAACAUAGCUAACUCAGCUUUACAUAGAGCAUGAAAUAAUACAUACCUGGAUCUUGUCCUGUGGGAAUCAAGUCAGCACCUCUCUGCCUCAUUUCCUCAGUGAUUUUGCACAUUUUGGAAGGGUUUCAUGGAGAAUGUACUGAGCUCUGAGCCUGCUUCUCACAACAACAGAAAGCUGUAAACUCUGACCUGGACUCUUAGCUUAGACACUGUUCAAGUCUUCUACAGGAUAAUAUAAAUUCAACCAAAUAUGAAUGAACCUUAAGUACUUAUGAGACACCUGAGGAUGUUGUAUCUUCCAGGAUAGCUGGAGUGUCCAAACUAUGACUGUAGAUCUCUAGCAUGUAUGUCACGUGAAAGAAAAAGUAAGAUGAGCUCAUGUGAAACACUGAAACAGGGCCUCCUAGGUUCCUGUUUACCUCUUCAAAGUGCUGCUUCUGAAACACUAGUAAAGGGAAAGAUGGGAUGAGUUCUUGUGAUUCUAGACCUCAGGAUACUCUGAUACAUGUUCAUAUCCUGUAAUCAGCAGAUUGCAAGCCUUGGGAUGUGGAAAACACCUUUAGAACUGUUCUAUUAGUGUUCAAGCAGAUGUGUAAUAUUAAUAGACUGGAAGUCUAUGCUGCAUGCACUGAGCAGUGACUUAUAGUUACUUGUGAAUGAGAGUAUAAAGGAGUCAGAAACUCCUUGACUUUGAUCAGUUAUAACCAACUCUGAAGUGGCAGUGUGCCUAGCUGUCAGAAUUCUAAUUAUGUUUCCACUGUGGAUGCUUUUCACUUCUAAGCCUGUAGCUUAAAACAAUAAAAUGAAAAUUGCAACUUCACUUUGGAGCUUUGUCCCAAGUCCAGUAGUAGUUGGUAUUUUAAAUAUAUUAUUUUACCCAAAGAAACACCACAAUAUUUUAUAGUGCUUUAAGGUUUGUAAAGCACUUUAUAUACUUUAUCUCAUUUGAUCCUCACAACAACCCUGUGAGGUAGGCAUUACAAGUAUUAUUGCCAUUUUACAGAUGAAAAACAGACUUAGAGUAGUUAAGUGAAUUCUCCAUGGCAAUGUCACACAGUUAUGGCCAAAGGUAGGACUCAAAGCCGUUUACUGGCUCCAAAUCUAGCACUCUGUUCAUUAAGCCAUUUGCUUCUCAAUCUGUUGCUGACUACAUGGAGGAUAUUUGGAUUAAACAUAGAAUUACUUAGGUUGUUGUCCUCUACUAUUUACAAAGGAAGUAUGGAACUACUACAUGGAAUGGAUUGGGGAAAAAAAAAAGCCCAAGUACCUUUUGUUGAUAA